CUGCCCUCUCACCGAGCACAGGACGCGGCGCAGGCGGCCAGCUACACGCCAUCGACGCCGCGCAUAGGCUACACGCCAUCGACGCGACGCAUAUAUAUAUACAUCAUCAGCUAGAGGCUGCCCCGCGACAGCAUGGACAUGGCCAGCCUCGCGGCCACGCGCCUCACGGCACAAGCCGAGGCCCUGGCGGCCUUCUACGAGACAAGGGCAGCACUGCGGCGCGCCGGCGCCCGCGGCGACCUCGCGCGGCCCCAGCGGAGAUACGACCCGCAGCCGCGCUGGGCGGCGCAAGCUCAAUACUUUUCGGGGCUCUACCGCGAGGUGCGCUGCCUCACUACAAACGGUGAUGAUGAUGAUGAAGAUGACGUGAGCGACGACGGCGGGGAUUCAGGCAAAGUCCUCUCUGAUGAAGAAGUUCGCUUCGAGCCGCAUCCCCAUCCUCAAAAACGCUACGACCCUGUAGAUAUGCAGCCGCGCCUCGAGUUGUUGUUUGAGGAGGCCCUCGUGCCGCACCGCGACCGCGACCUCUUCCUGUCCGAGUGGAAGCGGGGGCGCGUCGACGACCAGGCGCUCUCCGAUCACAUCAAGGGAUUGGUCAUGCGGCGCGCGCACCUCCGGGAGAUCAUGGCGGCGCUGCGCGCGGCGCGCGAAAAGCAGCCGCCCGCUCCGGCCCCGGACCCGGAACCGCCCAAGGCCCUGGUGGAAGUGGAGCCGUCGACGCACGUCGCCGGCGUGCUCGACCCGUCGCGGUCGCGCUUCUUCCCGCGCGCGCCGCCGCUGCCGGGCUGCGUACCGGUGAAACGAAAAGAAAGGCGGUUGGGGGUGUCUGCUAAGUUUACGUGA